GAUGGAGCAAGGAUCUCAACAAUUAGGACCGGAAAAGCGUCGAUUCCUCAUGGAGACUUUCUUGAAUGACGUGAGCUUUGGAAAAGUAACCAUCUUCUCUAUCCCUUGGAGAAGAAGCUAGAGAUACCAUCUUUUAAGCGAAUGAUGUCGGACGAUUUACAGAACACAAAGAGAAGCAAGAAAGAACAAGUUGUUCUUUUUCGUAACAGAAUGCAAAUCAGCUCUCGGUAUGAGUCGACAGAAUAACAAAGGCAAAUACAUUGCCGACAGCCAGAUAACAGCUUCUUCGGAAUUAUUACAGUUUUUUGGACCAUCACAAGGCAGGCUUGACCUUAGUCCAUCAGUGUCUGGAGUUGGUGGUGGAUGGUGUGCAGGUGACAAGGAUCCAGACCCAUACAUACAAGUAGACUUACUAAGAAUACACACGAUAACCAAACUAGCCACCCAGGGAAUAGAAACAUACACAAGCUGGGUGACUCAGUUCUCAGUUCAGUACAGCAUAGACGGUGUAAGGUGGUACGACUAUAAAGAAAGCGGCAAAGUAAGGGUUUUUACCGGAAAUAGAAAUACAGCUUUACAUAAAAUAGCCACCUUUACCACACCAAUCACUGCUCGUAUCAUCAGAAUCAAACCUUUGAGGGCUAACAAUGAUUACAAGUGUCUUCGAAUGGAGCUCUAUGGAUGUGAGCCAAUUGAAGACUGCGAUACGCCUGUUGGUCUGGAGGACGGACGAAUCGAGAAUAAUCAAAUAUCUGCAUCAUCACACUGGAAUGAACACGUGGCAUCCAACGCACGACUCAACAACCGAAUGCACACUGAUAAUAACACUGGUAAAGUAGUGUGGGGAGGUUGGUGCACAGACAAGAAGAAUAUACAUCAGUAUCUAGAGGUUGAUCUUGGUCACGUGCGUGCUGUAUCAGGGAUAGCAACACAGGGAUACCAACUAAACAAUUUCGUAAAGCAGUACAAGAUGAACUACAGCAUCGAUGGGCGGGAGUGGAAGUCUUAUAAAGCUAACGGCGCUAGUAUGAUAUUUGCCGCCAACUGGGACAACGAGACGGUGAUCAAGAAUCCCCUGAUACGCAUCUUCGCGCGCUUCAUCCGUCUCAACCCUGUCUCAUGGGAUGUGUUUGGUUACGUGUGUAUGCGAGUAGAGAUUUACGAAUGCCUACCGACAAAAGGGAGUGUGCCCCAGGUCUCUCCGCCUGGCGCCAGCUACAAAGUCAACAGAACGUCGCCGCUAAAUGUCACGUGCCUGUUGAGUGGCCAGGAAGGUUUUGAUUACACGUGGAUGAGGAACGGGAUCCCUGUGGUUAACAGUAAUACUCAAACCAUAUAUCGCCAAAUAUUCUCAAACGGGACUACACUCAGCACGCUGAGACUGCAAUACAUCAAGUACCAGGACAGCGGUUCGGUAAUAUCAUGUACAGCGUGGUACCCAGGACUUGCUAUAAACACGUCCAGAAAUGUACACGUGUUUGUCAAUGCCCCAAGACCCGUGAUCAAGGUAUCAGAGCACAAAGCCCGGGCUAUCAGUAUGGGCAUCAUAGACCCAGUGCCUCAGGACACUGCAAAAUACCUGGUUCGAUACAGGAUCAAAGACCUGGAAAAUGCCCCUUGGUCUACCACGCAGUUCACAAGACCUCGCAUCAAGAGUUCAUCCAUAGCUUACAUCACCUUGGACAAACUGAUUCCAUUUACUACGUACGUCACCGAGAUAUCGUCUGCUUACAAGGAUGGUGACAGUGGACCGUACAGUAUACCGGUUACCUUUACAACUCAGGAAGACGUUCCAAGCGGUCCACCACGUGACGUUCUAGUCGAGCCAGUCUCCGACGGUCACAUUAUUGUAUCCUGGUCGGUCCCAGGAUUCGACCAGCAAAAUGGUCGCAUUAUGAAGUACGAAGUAACGUACAGAAGCAAAACAAAGAAGCCAAAGAGCUUGUUUACACAACAGCUGCAGAAAGAUAUUAUUGGUCUGGAGAAAGAUCAACGGUACGAGAUAACUGUGCGUGCCUAUACUCGAGUAGGGCCAGGUCCGUAUAGCAAGUAUGUUAUAUACAGUACUGAAACAGGACUAAAGCCAAAGACCAAAACAACUAUGGCUUUAGAAAAGCUUUCAAAGGUGACUGUCACAGAAUACAACGCGGCUAAAGUGACAGCAACCGUUCAGAACCUGACGUCAAAACAAACCGAGCUUCAGGAACAAGAUAUCCACAUGACGGCUAACAUCUUGAACAAAGUCAUAUCAACCAACAGCAGCUCAGAAAAGGUCGGCGAUAACCUGCUAAAGACCCUUAGUAACGUGAUGGAUGUGGACAGUGAAGUAUUGUACAAGACACAAGCUAAAUACAACACUUCAGCAACUCUUGUGAAAGUUCUAGAGACGUACAUCGAGAAAGGUGGAAGAUUCACCGUCGAUACAGAUAACAUCGUCGUUCGCCGUCAACAAAUCAAAAACUCCUUCAAGGUCUUGCGCACGAGCGUCACCACUCAAAACAACAAGCUGUAUCUCAACAGCACCACUGAAGUCACUUCCGGUUCAGAACCAAAAGGCUCGGAUGCUUCGAUUAUAAUACCUUCGUCAGUUUUUCCAAAGGACGAGACGAACAACGAAACCGUUUAUUUUGUUUAUUACAAGAGCAGUAAGCUGUUCGCGCCGAAUUAUCAACGGAUUGAAGUGUGCCGGGAUGGUUUUACGUCGUCAAAACUAGGAAAGACCGAGAGUCGAGGAUCCACAUAUACUGUAGAGAGGGUGGCAAGUAGAGGAUUGGUCACUGAAAGCUCUCCCGUUAUAUCUGCCAGUUUGAAGGGAAGAGAGGUUGCUAACCUAACGGAGCCUGUUAUCAUCAUGUUCAAACUUCCGCCGGAAAUGAUUGAGGCCAAUCAAACUAAAUGUGUCUGGUGGGAUUUCACUGCGAAAAAUGGUCGGGGUGGUUGGUCUACAGAGGGUUGUGAACUUCAAGGCGUCCUCAAUGACACGGUCAUGUGUGAGUGUAACCACAUGACAAAUUUUGCUGCUCUGGUGGACGUGUAUGGCCCAUCAUCCAAGCCAUGUGGUGUUCACGAAAUUGCUCUGUCAAUGAUUGCUUAUAUUGGUUGUGGAUUAUCCAUACUUGGCCUUUGUCUUACUAUCCUUACUUAUGGCUUCUGUGCUAAACUCCGUAAAGACAUCGCGGCCAAGAUCCUCCUUCAUCUGUGCAUAGCACUUCUCUCUGUUCUCAUUGUGUUUGUAGCAGGGAUAGAAAAGGGCGUCACAUCCAAGCUCAGCUGUCAGAUUGUCGCUGUACUUAUUCAUUAUUUUCUACUGGUCGCUUUCAUGUGGUUUUUCUUCGAGGCAUAUUUUAUGUAUUACGCAUUCGUUAAAGUCUGGAACGAUCAUGGAGAUUAUAUACUGUGGAAGUGUGCCUCUAUAGCAUGGGGUUUGCCUGCUGUUGCUGUGAUCGUUACUAUUGUGGUGGACAAAGAGAGCUACGGUGGACAGCAUUACUGCCGCUUGAAAGACCUUCCUUUCUUCCUGGCCUUCCUGGCACCCGUAGUCUCGAUCAUUUUUUUCAACACCAUAAUCUUUGGUAUAAUUAUGUACAAACUGAGCGUGCGUCCACCAGCGCGUUCCGCUGACAAGGAUCGUGGGCGUGAAGGCAUUCUUCAGCUUCGCCGUGCCUUUGGUAUCUUAAUCCUCGUCGGAUUGACUUGGAUGUUUGGGUUUUUUGCCAUAAGUUCAAUGAGAUUGGUCUUCACUUAUCUGUUCGCGGUUCUAAACUGUCUUCAAGGGUUUUCGAUAUUCAUGUUUUAUUGUGUGACACAAAAGAAUGUGCGUGACUGUUGGCGUGCGCUGUUACGUUGUGACUUGCAAAGUCUAAACAAGAAGACUAUGUAUACAGAAUCGUACGAUCCCAAGACGAAAACACACCUGGAUACAAUGAGACCUAGAGCCAAGACAGAACCCGCUAAGGGAAAUACAUUACAAAAGGAUAAAUUAAGACCCCGGAUGAACACUGCUGACGUCAAGUUGCCGAUUCGAGAUGUCUACAAGCCUAGUGAAAUGAGCAGUGACAAUCCCAAUUACGUUAACAGCGAGGAAGACGAGUCAGCGGUCAAGCUACUUACCCACGUGACCGUAACAAUCGAACCACCACGUGACUAUCAAAAUGCCUUAGGAAGCCAAUGUAUUGACUUGGACCAAUCACACGAGGAAAUCGAAUUGAUGAGUAGACCUGAGUCUAGAUCUGGAAGCAUACGGUCACAUGACACAUCGAGGUCACGUGAUCCAAGUAAACACGGGUCACGUGGUACGAUCAAUUCCAACCAGUCUACUCCGAAGCUGUUUAGGAUUCCUCGGUUUAACGGGGGUAAUUCAAUAGGAGCUUUAAGCGUCGAAAAUAAAUCACCAGUGAAAAUAAAUCUCAAGAGAACAGCAUCGCAUGCUCCAGAAGCACCUAAAAUGUACACUCCUAUGUGUCUACGAAGGACAAAAUCAGCCAGCUCGCUGGGUAAAGAUAAUAGAUUUAGUGGCAAAAGUUUGAUCAGUUUUUCGUCCACGUCGUCAGAGUCUUUGAGUACAGAUUCUCAAAGCGCGCCAAGAAGAUCUAGAUUACUGAGAAUAUCAGACCUGGACCCAGAUAAAUACGGUGAAUUGAUAAUCAGUCCUCAAAGAGGCUCAGUACGAGGUAUUGUGGGUCACGUGGAAACAUCAGUCGAUACUUACGAUGACAUCAUAGAGCAUGAGAAAAAGCGAUCUAUCUCACUACCGCCUGGCGCCUAUAGUUUACACUCCAGUGCACAAUAAUAGUAGCAAUGAAUAUGAAAUAUUGAAACUAUAUUAGAUUACAAAAGAAGGUCUUGUCACGUGGUGGCUAUUUUUAGAACAUGAGUAAGUCUCAGUAUCAUGGUCACGUGAUUUGAAGAAUGCUGACACAGUGUUGGAGCUGACAAAGAAGACACAAGUGAUAAAUUACGUGAUGGCCAUUUUUAGAACAUGGAUAGAAAACUUCAAUAUGGAUGCUGGUCAUGUGACAAAUCACGUGAUGGCUAUUUUUAGAACAUGAGUAAGACUCGUAUCAAUACAUGAUCACGGAUAGAAAACUGUAAUAUGGAUUAUACUAAGAAGACGCUGGUCAUGUGACAUAUCACGUGAUUGCUAUUUUUAGAACAUGAGUGAGACUCGCAACAAUACAUGAUCAUGUGGUAAUGAUAAGAAGACUCUGGUCAUGUGACCUAUCACUUGAUUGCUAUUUUUAGAACACGAGUGAGACUCGCAACAAUACAUGAUCAUAUGGUAGUGGAUAAGAAGACUCUGGUCAUGUGACCUAUCUCGUGAUAGCUAUUUUUGGACGAAAGCACUUGGAAAAAGGUUGGUCACUCAUCCUUACGUCUCAGGAUCACCUGAGUUUAUUUAUGAGAUAUGAACUGAAGCACAGCUCGUAUAGAGCGUUGUUAUAAGACCCAAGCACUUGUUACAAGGGAUUUGUUUUUCUGAUGAACGACAUUUUGAGUAACACGUCUGCCGUGCUGACUGGUCAGCAGCUCAAGACUACUUACACAUGCGUUGGAUUUAAUAACUAAACAGAAUGAAAAAUGUAUAUAUCGAAAGAGAUAUUCAAAAUAUUAGAUUAGUUAGACAUGGUAAAACUACGACCCCUAGGUAUGGAUUACUUCAAUUGACAAAAUGAAAAGAAAAAGCGGGAAACCGGGCGAAGAAAUUUACGUUUGUUUGAAAGUUAUGAAUCAAAUUGCGAAAAAUUGGUAAUCGAAUUGAUUUUCUCUAUAUAGUGUCGUUGUAGAUACUGAUAAUCUCUCUUGUAAGGCUUUUAAAGCAUUUUAACUGCAAAUUAACCGCCCCGGUUAUCGCAAAGACCCAAGACAUCUUGGGAAGGGGUGUAAAGCAAAAAUGGAGCCUCACCCCACCCUCCUCCAUAUGCUCUAGGUCUCUUAGUAUAGUCCCCUGCUUUUGUUGCUUCUGUUGGUUAAAUGAAGGAAUUUGCAAAUAAUGCCUGACUGUUUAUUGAGUGCAGUUAAAGUGACGUGUUGUACAUAACGUUAGCGACUCUCUGGCUCUAAUUAAUACUUGUACAUUUAGCCAGAUAGAAUAUUAUUUAGAAUAAAUAAUGAGUGUUUUCAAA